UCUCUCUCUCACUCCCCACAGCUGCCUGAUGACCAAGAAGAAGUUCCUGUACCACUUCACCAAUGCCCGCUGGGCAAAGGGGAGGCAUGAAACAUAUGUGUGUUACGUAUUGGAGCGCCGGGACAGCCCCGUCUCCCGCUCGCUGGACUUCGGCUACUUGCGGAACAUUCCGGGCUCCCACGCCGAGGAGCUGCUCCUCCGGAUACUGUCCGGCUGGCCCCUCGACCCCCUCAGGCCCCUGUGCCUCACCCUCUACGCCUCCUGGAGUCCCUGCGCCCAGUGCUCCCUCCGCCUCGCCACCUUCCUCCAGCGAUGGCCCAACCUCACUCUCCGUCUAUUCGUGGCCAGACUCUACUACUGCCAGGGCUCUGGACCCCACCCCGGGGGGCUACGGAGGCUGAGGGGGGCGGGGGUCAGUCUGGGGGUCAUGGGGUACACAGAUUAUUCCUACUGCUGGGAUAAUUUUGUGGCACGUCGGGGGUCCCUGUUCAAGGGGUGGGACGGGCUGCAGUCAAAUUCAGUAAGGAUUUCACGUCUGCUCCGUAGAAUUCUACAGCCAUUGGAUGAAUUUGAAGACUUCAGCGAGACCUUCCUAAUGCUCGGCCUUUGACCUUCGACUUGAUCUCUCCUUCCCUCCCCUCCUCUUCCCUUAAUUUCCCUCCCUCUCCUACUUCUUCCCUUCCUCUGCCCUUGCCUCCUCUUUCCUCCUCCCCUUGCCCCUCUCUACCCUCCCCUUACGUCCCCAGGGUGAUGGUAGCAGAAGUUAGAUCGGCCUUCUUGACAGUAAACCCACACCAAGUCAUUGGUCCUGAUGGAGUUCCGCCUCGUGUCCCCAGUAGCUGCAUGGACCAGCUAGCGGGAGUAUUUCGCGG